CGCAUCCGCUCUGUCCACAACUCCAGCGUUAGAAGGCUUCCAGUGUGAAAGGGUUGGACUGAAGACUUGACGACUCCUCAACAUGAUGCUGCAGGCAGUUCUACUCGCCAGCAUGGCGACGGUUGCCCUUGGCACCAUCUGCUGCGCUCCUCUGCAAUGGGAGGCGUUCAAAGACUUCACCAGAGUCGACGCCUCGGGGGGAAGGCGGGGCCUGGAAUCCUACUCCUAUGAUGCCGCCAACGAAAGGUACGCCCUCAGUGGCAACUACACCGACUUCGUCAGCUCCUACAAGGAAAUCAGGGACUACCGUAAGGGAACUGGUUACCGAAUCAACCCUGAAGCGAAAACGUGCGAGACAUUCGCCGUGUCGGGAAGAUUCCCUGCCAAUUGCAUUCCCGGUGGCGCUGUCGUGGUGGGACCUCUUUAUUACGGAUUUGGCACGGACAGCCUUAAUGGAAUAGCUUACCAAUUCAAUGACACGAGAGGAGAGUUUAAGAACGUCAUGGCCGUUGUCAGCCGCCGGGACUGCGUACCAAUAGUCAGUGCAACCACCAUCCUGCGCCCCGGAAACAACUAUUUGGAAACCAUGGGCUACAACAACAUCUCCCCCGGCAUCAGGGACAUCACCGUCUUCGACCCCCCAUCGUACUGCAAAAAGAGUGCAACGAAUGGCGUCAACAGCAUGUUCAACGAGAUCCUGCGUGUCUAGAAACUUUUCACGGUGCUUGCUGAUGUAAUGAUGUUUGAAACUCCUUCGUCGACAAAUGAUUUAAUUGUAGUUGAGGAAUUGAAAUAAAAGUUUUGACUUCGU